CUUUUAUAUCUUGUAGGCGGGACCGGAAUUGCCUGUUGAGACGCCUUUUCAUUCUUGUGAAUCACUUUGCACCCAUCGAUCUGUUUCUCGUAUCUUUAAAACCUUCGCAAGGUCUAGUUAAGUUAAAACAUUAGAUUAACAUUUGCUUUUUUAAAUCUACGUAAUCGGCCUGUAAUUUUAUCUCUGGACAGUCAUGGGCGAGGUGGAGCUGUCCUGUCGGGCUUAUGUGAAGAUGUACCUGCACGCCUGCCUCUAUCCUCGGUGCAGCAUCAACGGGCUGCUGCUGUCGUCCAGCUCAGCAGGCGGCACUGUUUGCGUGACAGACUGCGUUCCGCUGCUUCACUCCCAUCUGCCUCUGGCUUUAACCACUCAGCUGGCUCUCACACAGGUGGAUGUGUGGUGUUCUCAGACUCAGCAAAGGAUAGUGGGCUACUAUCAAGCAAAUGCCUGUGUAUCAGACAAUAGCCCGACGCCGUGUGCACUGAAGAUAGCUGAUAAGAUUUCAGAGCAGUUUGACGAUGCAAUUAUGUUAAUGCUAGAUGGCAGCAAGAUGUCUUCAGAGUGUCGAGUUCCUCCCAUCGUGAUGUAUGAGCGUAAAGAUUCAAGAUGGACACUCAAAGAUAAACACAUGAUAAUGCUGAGGCAGUGGGAGGAGACCCGGGCGAUAGCCACUCAGAUGCUGGAGUCGGGUGAUCACACACUGUUGGUGGACUUUGACAGCCACUUGGACGACAUAACAUCAGACUGGACCAAUCAGAAGCUGAACACAAAGAUAGCAGAGCUCGCCUCGCCGGCCAACGGGAACAUCUAGACCGACGAGUCGCAGCAGUUUGUACCAGAGCUGUUGUUUAUGUUCUGACCUGUCAGUGUGAUGUUUGAGCCGACACAACCACACGUUCAACAGUUUAGGAAUGUUCAUUUUUAAUGCAUCUCCUCGACUGAACAGGACAAAACGGAACAUGGAUAAAUAAGAAAAUAUUUACACCUUGGUAGAUCUCUGUAGCCUCUCGAGAGUGUCUGAUGGUCCAGUUCAACUCCUGCCUGACAGGAAGACUCCACUGUAACAUUUAAACACUAUGAAUAAGCACCUGUGAUCUUUGUUACAAUGAACGGAGCAGACAAACAAACAAACAGCUGCUGUGAAUAUCGGUGUCGGUUAACGUGACGGUGGUGGUUUGCUGCUGGUUGUUUCAGUUCAUGAUUGAGUUGUUUAAUAACUGUUAAGCUGUGGUAGUUUUAUUUUCAUGUAUUUAAACCUCACAACAUUGUUUACCCUGUAAUUGAUGUUGUUUAGAAUUCUACUAACAACUCUGCAUGUCACCUCCGGCGUCAGACAUUGAGACAUCCUUUAAUUCAGAGCAUGUUUCACCAAACAAAUGACUUCAGUAGGAAAGAGGAACAGGAAGAGGCGUCAACAACCAGCAGGGCCAAACCGCCGCCGAUCAAUGAUCCACUUGUACUGUCUGUGAACCUAAGCUUUUUAAGCGGGUUCUGUCUUCUAGUAGUAGAACAGCACUAAUGUCAUGUUUACAGGAUCGUACAUACUGUAGGUGGACAUAAAGAUUUCACACAUAACAAUUAGGGUUUCAUAAGAACUGACCCAGACCCAGCGCUUUGCUGUAGCCGUGUAACUUUGACCCAUUAAAAGACGACUAUCGACCCACAA